CUCCAACUGUGUAUACGUGUUCUUACCCCCCCAACCUUCAAGUCUGCUCGCUUUGCUGCGACUGUGCCAUUUACUACUACUUCCUUCCUGCCUUCCUUCCUUCCCUCCCUGCCCCCCUUCUCUUCAUCCUUCAUCAACCCUAGGCAAGGUCCACUAUCCUCUCUCUCUCUCUUGCAACUCACCCACUGCAGCAACUCCCUCUCUCUCUCUCUCUACCUCUCUCCCCUCCUCUCCUUUCCCUCCCUAUCCUUUCACAAACAAAAAAAAGGCUUGGGCUCUCAUUCGUUCUCUUUCUCUCUAGGCUCGUCUGCGCGCUGCUGCUGCCGGUGCUCUAGCGAGUCUGUUCCUGGCUGUCUCCUGGGCUGCACUCGGAUCCAUCCUCCCUACCUGCCUCCCUUCCUUACUUGUGUGCUCACACUCCACACUCGUAUGCCCUACGCUCGACCUCGACUGUCGUAUAUCAGCCUGUUGCAAAGCUUCCGGUACCUCGACCUCGACUUCGGCCUCGGCUUCUGUCAGUCGCUCCUUAGAAGUGCUACUUAGUGGCAGUAGGUCUGUUCUCGUAGUGAGUGAGUGAGCGAGUGCGUCGACGAGGAGUCCCGCGCGCACGGCAAUUGGAAUCUAUAGGAAUUUGGAGCUGCUGCACAGAUGGGAAUUCGCAGAGCGUGAAUACUGGGACAUGGACAACGUAUCCGGCUUUCUCACCCUCGUGGUCGAAUGCAGCUCCCUCUAGACAGAUAGCCCGCAAGCCCCCUCGAGAGCCCCCGGCGCGCACGAGCAGGAUGACGGUUUGAGAGACCCGGUCGCAGUGUUAGUCCCCCGCGAGAACGUCCCAAGCCCUGCGCUGCAGACCGUUGCGUCGGCUAGCCCCGGCAGCCAUCGGAGCUCCAGCGGUUCGAGGAGAGGAGCUUGUUGAACAGUGGCCGGAACCCUACCCCGCCUGCCUUGCAUCGGCCUUCCAUCGGUCACUGCCCUCGCUGCUGCUGCACAAGGACCGAGUCUUCCGAGGGCGAUCUUUGGAAGCUGCCGCUCCCCUCGAAGCCGAGCGGCGGAUUUUAGGCGCAGGAAGGAAAGGUUUUUCUCAGGUUUCCGGGCCUUGUUUCUGAUCGUCAGGCAAGAUGGGGAGGGUCAAGCUGGAAAUUAAGAAGAUCGAGAAUCCCACGAACCGGCAGGUCACAUACUCGAAGCGCAGGAAUGGGCUGAUCAAGAAAGCGUACGAGCUCUCCGUGCUAUGCGACAUAGACAUUGCGGUUAUCAUGUUCUCGCCUUCCGGCAAGCUUACGCAGUUUUGCAAGAAUGACAGAAUCGAAGAUGUUAUUACUCGGUUUGCGAACACUCCUCUCCACGAGAGAACGAAAAGAAAAUUUGAGAAUCUGGAGUAUCUCAACAAAGCGAUACGAAAGCUCAACAGCGAGCGAGAGAUGGAAGGCCAGCAACCAAGGGGGAUGGGGUAUGGCGAACACAACUCGCUCGAGGUUGAGGAGCUCCAAGCCACUCUCAAGAAAGUUCUCAUGGAGAAGCAGUUUUUCGAGCAGAAGGCCAGAUUGUUCCAAGGCGAAGAAUCCAUCAACAGUCUGACCUCUAUGAACCAGCUGGUGGCAAUCGAGCGAGAAUUAGAGCAAGCGUUGGUGAAGGUCAGAGAGCGAAAGGGUCAGCUGGGUCAAGAGGAGUCUCAGCUGGCACUUAUGCGCCAGCAAAACUUGCUACAGCAUGGCACGUUUGUACAACAAAUGAUGGAGAUGCCUGCCCGAGGAGGAACGUCCAAUCUGAGCGAUGGUCAAAGUACGGCUACCAAUAUCGGCGGCGGACAAGGAUCUCAAUUUCACUCGUGGAUGGAUCACCGGGUCAAUCAGGAUGGAUACAUGGAUUCUGCGCCAACGUCAAUGUCGAUGAUGAGUGCUUCUCAGAUGAGGGAAACGGGAGGCAACUCGGAGUCAACUGCGUCUUUCUACCAAGGGGCAUCGCAGGCCCAGCAGAUGCCGCUGGGCGGCCACGGCAAUCACGGCAACCAAUUAGAGCUGCGGGGUGGUGACGGGGAAUCAAACACGAACUUUUUUCAUGGAGCGAAAACUGAAGCCGGAGUCCAGUUUUUCCCUGGCGGCUCGCAGGCCCAAUUAGUCCCUCUCUCAGGCCACGGCAGUCAGCUGGAAUUAAGAGGUGGUGAUUCAGAAGCGAAUUCGGGAUUUUAUGGAGGGCUGCAGCAGCAACAACAGCAACAGCUUCCAGCUGUGUCCCACUCGAGUCAAGUCGAAUUACGGCAACAACCCAUCACUUCGUCCGGAAUCACUGGGUUUCGCCCGUCCAUGAUGAACCAAGGGCUUAGGGUAGGGCCGCAAGGUUUGAGUCUGGAAAAUUUUGACGAUCAGAAUUACGAGGCACCCAAUUACUACAAUCCGUGAUCAUCAUAGGCGUGUGUACACUCAGUUUCCUAUUCUUUCCCGUCCUAGAUGUAGGAGGUUGGUUUGCUCCCAAUACGGGAGUUUUAGUUGUCCAUGUUUAGGAUACUUAGGAUUUUGUAAAAUCUGUUGAGCAAAAUAGGUAGAACUGCUCGGAUCGUCCACCAGGCAAGGAGAGGCGAAUUGAAUCCGAAGAGUAGAGGAGCGAGGGAAGGGAAUUACGAUUCAGUCCAAGCACCCGCGUUGUCAUACUCCAACAAUUGGGGUUUUUCAGUGGCUUACAGAAAUCAAAAGAUUUUCUGUUUCGAUCGUUGUGAACUGUCGGGUUUGAUUGUGUUUUGUUUGCUUUAAGAG